AUGACGCAAUUUAUCGGGAUUUUGUCUUCCGCAGAUCUCACAUUCGUAUCGGGAUUCUAUUCCAAGACACCACAAAGACUUUCCAAAUACAGCUGGUAUGGGAACGUGAGGCUUCACCAUUUCAGGGUACCAGAGGAUGCGGUGCUUCUUCGAUGGUUGCUUACGGUGACGCGAGGAUCCGGAUUUAACUGUGGCAACCAAAACGUCACCGUCCACAUUCGGGCAGGAGCACCACCGGUUAUCAACCCUGUGGUAACGGCUUUUCCCAAUGACACGGCCUACGCACUCGCUACCAACCUUACGUUAACCGUCCUUAGUGGACAGAUCGCUAAUGUCACCUUGUUUAAUGUCACCAACCCUGCUGCAGGAGACUGGUUCCUUGCCGCCCACCUGCCCAAAGAUGACGGCAGAAUAGAACAGCAGGGUUUGCCAUCCUGUUUGUACCUUUUCCAGCCUCAGAUGUUUGUGAGGAGGGCUGUGGACACGCCCAUUCUACAGGCCAACAUUCCUCUCACUCAGAAGCUUAGUGCAGCACACUCUCCAGCUCUGUUCAAGGUUUUUAUUCCAGAGUUCACAUCCAGGUUGAAUAUUUCUAUCCAGAGCUGCAGGAUAGAAGAUGAAGCUUCGGGUGACUGUGGGUUGUCUGUCACUCUAGGCUCCUCCUCUUUAGGGCGGGGCUCAGUGAUCACGGUGAACUGCUCAGGGCAGGAGCCGUGCUUAGCUUCGGUCUCCACCCCUCCAUGGAACUCCUGGGUCCGGGUCGCCGUGGAGACCAUCAGGCCUAAUGUCACUAUGACCUUCAGCAUUUCUACUAAUUAUACAGUUGGAUGUAAGCCCUUGAGUGUUCCUGCAGAUUUCAGCCAUAACAACUCACUUGCUAUCGAAAACUCCUCCGUGUCCUCGAGCAACAACACCUCUGUCACCCCUAGCAACACUUCUGUCACCCUUAGCAACACCUCUGUUAUCCUGGGCAGCUCAGAAGCCACAGGUUCCCGUGGUAACGGUUCUGAGGGGACAUGCAUGCGGAACCCGGCAGUGUUUCGGGAAGAACUCGAUGUGCUGUCUCUUCGUUUUACUGUUGCCAAUAGCAACCUGAGUAUUACCAGUGGCCUGCCGACCAUGCUUGCUUUAGACCUGAACUCACCCACGGACAGUGGAGGGACCCUGAUUGUUCAACUCAACCUCAACGCUAGCUCUCUUAUUGGUAGCUUUGGUAGUGUGAGGGCAUGUCUCACUGCAUCUGCUCCUGUACUACAACUCAAUACCAGCAAGCCUUGUGCUACAGCUUUCCAGCAGGGAUACUCUCUCAGUGUGAACCAGAGCAUGACUCAGACACUUUUGAGGAUUCCCUUCCCGCAAGCGGCUGUGUGGUACCUCAGCUUACAGACCCUCUGCAAUGACAGCUCUGACUGUGGGAACACAUCAGCUGUCGUGAGUGUGUCGGCUAGUGUGAGUGCGUGUAUUGACGACUGCGGUCCGUACGGGGAGUGUCGACUCUUGCGUUCCCAUAGCUACCUCUACGCAGCAUGUGUGUGCAAAGCAGGCUGGCAGGGUUGGAGUUGCACUGACGGCUCUACUGCCCAGUCGUUCUCUCGUCAGCUGACUGCAGCUCUACUCCUCACGCUCAGUAACCUCUUCUUCAUCCCACCAAUCGGCCUGGCUCUCUACAGAGGAUACCACACUGAGGCCGCCGUCUACCUCUUCACCAUGCUCUUCUCCACGUUUUACCAUGCCUGUGACCAGCCCGGUGUGACCGUGCUGUGUAUAAUGGACUAUGACACACUGCAGUUCUGUGAUUUUCUGGGUUCAGUGGCUGCAGUGUGGGUGACGCUCAUCUGCAUGGCAAGACUGCAGGAGCCCCUCAAAUACGUGUUCUUUCUCACGGGCACCCUCCUCAUCGCCAUGGCGAUGCAGCUGGACCGACACGGCCUGUGGAACUUGCUUGGCCCAAUAAUGUUUGCUCUGUUUGUCAUGGCUAUCGCCUGGGGCCAUCGUGGUAUCAAGCGUCGGCACUGUUACCCGACGUCUUGGCGUCGCUGGGUGUUCUUCCUGCUCCCUGGCAUUUUAUCGGCUCUGAUCGGAGUGUGUUUAUACGCCUUUGCACAGACUGACAGCAACUACUACUACACACACUCUCUGUGGCACAUCAUGGUGGCCACCAGUGUACUGUUCCUUAUGCCUCCCAGAGAGAAGCACAUCCCACCCUGGGGCUGGACACACAAGAUAUGUGGCUACAAGAUCUGCAAAAACGAGAAAGAGGACCUGUAUACUGUCUCAUAGACGCAUGCGCAUACGCAUACACAUUUACACACA